CUUUAGUACUUCUCGUUCUCAAACACAACCGCCCAAGAGAGCGAAAAUAACCAGAAAUCAAAAGCGGAAAAAUGUACUCGACGAGCUCCACGAUGCUUCUCUACAGACGCGAAAGUUUGGCCCGGCGCAACACACAGCCGGAGGUGUUCACGUUCGAGCACAUCCCGACGGCCGCGAUCUCUCCGAUGCCCGCCCGGCCCAAGAAGCGCUGCACUCGGGUCAUGUACCCUGCCAAGGUCCGGAUGCACCUGCCGCCUCCGGAGAAGAGCGCGGCCAAACGCUGGCUGAUUCUCCUUGUCCUGGUGGUCCUGUGGCAGAUCUACACCGAGGAGCCCUGCGCUGACACGCCGACCGGCGGCGCCCGCAGCCCGGACGACUACCAAACCUUCCCCGCCGGUACCGACGCUGUUCCAGCCGCCGCUCCUUCCAGCGUCAGCGAGGCGCAAGCCCCGGCUGAUGACUGCACCGCCACCGGGCCAGCGGGCAACAGCUACAUGGUGGCCCUGCUCGUCUACCACCGCCUGGGCGGUGAGAACUAAACCGAUCCGAGUCUCGUGAUGGUUCGACGCGAAAGCAAGCCCAGCGUGAAGGGACCGAGCGGAGGGGAAGCGACAAGCCCGCUCAGCUGCGCCCCGGAAGCUGCUCCGUGAGCCGGCCCGGUGACUGACUGCCGGUGUGAGGCCUGAAGGAGCCUUCAAGUCCAAGAAAGAACAAAAACUGACAAAAACUGUGAACUUUUAACAAAAACUUGAAAUGGUCA